UUUUUUGUGCACAGAACGGACACGAGGACUGAGCUGCAGCACUGCGGGAGGAUGGAGGAAUGAUGGCAUGGCUGUGAAGAUGGGCCCACGGGCAGGCAUGCAGACCUUCCUCCUUUGCCUGGCCCUCCUGCUCCUCCGCAUCCUCUCCUGCUGCUGCCAAGUCCUGCAGGAGCCCGGAGGUUCCCUUCCUCGGUUCCUCUUCACACACCCCCUCUACAAUGCCACUGUGUACGAGAACUCUGCGGCGCGCACCUACGCCACGAGCAAGGUGAAAAUGGGGAUUACGCUCAUGCACCGCUCGUGGGACAUCAAGUACAGGAUUACCUCGGGGGACGAGGAGGGCUUUUUCAAAGCAGAGGAGUUUGUCCUGGGAGACUUCUGCUUCUUGCGCAUUAGGACUAAAGGCGGGAACUCGGCCAUCUUGAACCGAGAGAUACAGGAUAGCUACCUGCUUACUGUGAAGGCGUCCGUGAAGGGCGACUCCCUGGAGACGUGGACGAAAGUGAAUAUACAAGUUCUGGACAUGAACGACCUCAGGCCUUUGUUUUCGCCCACCACGUACUCCGUGACCAUUCCCGAGAGCACGCCUCUGAGGACCAGCAUCGCCCAGGUCACAGCCACCGAUGCGGACAUCGGCUCCAAUGGGGAGUUCUACUACUUCUUCAAAGAAAAAGUGGAGCUCUUUGCUGUCCACCCCACGAGCGGGGUGAUCUCCCUCAGCGGAAAGCUGAACACGGAAGACCAGAGCAGGUAUGACCUGGAGAUCCUGGCCGUGGACCGGGGAAUGAAACUCUAUGGUAACAAUGGCGUGAGCAGCACCGCCAAACUCUUCAUCCAUGUGGAGCGCAUCAACGAGCACGCGCCAGUGCUAAACGUGGUCACCCAUGUGCCAUCCUUUCUGGAUAAAGAUCCCGUCUAUGCGGUGGUCACUGUCGAGGACCUGGAUGAGGGACUGAACGGUGAUAUAGAGUCUGUGUCUAUUGUGGCAGGGGAUCCUUUGGAACAGUUUAUUCUGGAUAGGUCCCCUGAAGGCAAUGAAUAUCAGCUCAAAGCGUCAGAACCCAUAGACUGGGAUAAUUUCCCUUAUGGGUGCAAUCUCACUCUCCAGGCCAAAGAUAGGGGUUCCCCUCAGAAGUUCUCAGCAGUCAAGAUAGUACAUGUGUUGGUGAAAAGACCCCAGCCCGUAGAGGUGAAGUUCGAAAAGGCAAUGUAUGAAAUUAAGCUCAGUGAGAUUUCUCCCCCUGGCACCAUAGUCGAGGCUGUGAAAAUUUUCCCAGAACCUGAUGAUGCGGAGUACGUUCUGAGUCCAACGGCAGAUGCCGUAUAUUUCAACAUGAACACCUUGACUGGUGUGAUCGCCACAGCUCGUCAGUUUACAGGUGUAAACCAGGAGGUAUUUGAGCUUGAAGUCGUUGAGGUAGACAGUAAGCUGAGGGCAAACGUUCGUGUCACUAUCGAGGACGCCAAUAAUAAUACCCCCAUGUUCACCCAGCCUUCCUACGAGGUGUUCGUCAACGAGAGCAUUGCCAUCGGGACGAACAUCCUCACAGUGUCCGCCGUAGACGGCGACAGAGGAGAAAAUGGCUACAUAACGUACAGCAUCGCCAGCCUGCAGCCUCUGCCAUUCAAAAUCAACCAGUUUUCUGGUGUCAUAAGCACAACGGCAGAGCUUGACUUUGAGUCGUCGUCUGAGAGUUACGUGUUCGUUGUCAGGGCCUCCGACUGGGGCUCCCCGUACAGGCGCGAGAACGAAGUCAAUGUCACGGUCCACUUGGAGAAUGUGAACGACAACCAGCCGCUGUUUGAGAAAAUUGCCUGUCAGGGGGUGAUCUCCCGUGAUUUUCCCAUCGGGGAGGUGAUCACCACCAUGUCUGCUAUAGACAUAGAUGAACUGGAGCUGGUGAAGUACAAGAUUCUCUCCGGAAACGAGCGCGGCUUCUUUGAUCUUAACCCCGACUCUGGGGUUCUGACUUUGCGUAGGUCUCUCGCAACUGCCAAUCCGAAGAACGGCGUUUUCAGCCUGAAAAUAACUGCCACAGAUGGUGAGAACUUCUCAGACUCCAUGUUUGUUAACAUUUCUGUUGUCCACACAAAGGCACCUUCUAAGAGCUUCAACUGUAAAGAAACGAGGGUGGCGCAAAAGCUGGCAGAAAAGCUGCUGAAGAAGGCCAAAGCUAACAGCAAACCCAAAAUCGAGGAAGGAUUCAUAGAUCUCUUUUCCGUCAACAGACAAACUCCUCAGUUUGACAGGUCUUUCCCUGCUGAGAUAACAGUGCGAGAGGACCUUAAGGUAGGAGCAAGUGUGUUCAAAGUGAAAGCGGAUGAUGGUGACACCGGCUUCAAUGGUCAGAUUGUCUACUCCAUCGCUGAUGGUAACAAAGAUAGCUGUUUUAAUAUAGAUAUGGUAACCGGCCUCAUAACUGUGUUCCUUCCAAUGGACCGCGAGAAGACCGACAGGUACCUUCUUAAUGUCACCAUUUAUGACCUGGGCCUGCCUCAGAAGUCCAGCUGGCGCUUGCUGACCGUAUUCGUGGAGGAUGCGAACGACAACACGCCACAGUUUCUUCAGGAAAGCUACAGAACGGUGGUGCUGGAAAACACAGCCAUCGGGACGGAAGUGAUUCAAGUGGAAGCCACGGAUAAGGAUUUGGGACUCAACGGUGAGAUUUAUUACACUCUGCUGACAAGCACAACUCAGUUUGGAAUUAACAGCACAAAUGGAAUUAUUUAUGUUGCCGGGCAGCUCGACAGGGAAUUUAUAUCGACUUUUACCCUCAAAGUUGAGGCUCGCGAUAAGGCCGAGAAAGGGAACCAAAGGUUUUCGGUGGCUACUCUGAGGAUAUCUCUGGAGGAUGUCAACGACUGUGCCCCGACCUUUAUUCCUAGCUAUUACAACGCACGUGUCCUGGAGGAUCUUCCCGUGGGCACCAUUGUUGCUUGGCUGGAGAUUCAGGAUCCAGACCUGGGACUUGGUGGCCAGGUCAGAUACUCGCUUAUGAACGACUACAACGGGAAGUUCGAGGUGGACAAAGCCAGCGGCGUGAUCAGGCUCACCAAAGAGCUGGAUUACGAGACGCAGCAGUUCUACAACCUAACCGUACGUGCCAAGGACAAGGGUCGCCCGGUCUCCCUCACGUCCGUCUCAUUCGUGGAGGUGGAGGUCGUGGAUGUCAACGAGAACCUGUACGCCCCCUACUUCUCCGAUUUUGCCCUUACCAGCUCCGUGAAGGAGAACUCGCGGAUCGGAACGAGCGUCCUCCGCGUCACCGCCAAAGACGACGACACCGGGCGCGAUGGAGACAUCCAGUAUUCCAUCCGGGAUGGAAGUGGCUUGGGGCGGUUCUCCAUCGAUGAAGAAACAGGUGUCAUCUACACAACAGACAUCCUUGACCGCGAGACCAAGGACUCUUACUGGCUGACGGUGUACGCCACGGAUCAUGGCGUGGUGCCUCUCUACACAGCCAUCGAGGUCUACAUCCAGGUGGAGGACGUGAACGACAACGCACCGCUCACCUCGGAACCCGUCUACCACCCGUCCGUCAUGGAGAACUCGCCCAAGGACGUCUCCGUCGUCCAGAUCCAGGCCCAAGAUCCGGAUGCCACAGCGACCGGCGACCGCCUCAGCUACCGCAUCUCCAGCGGGAACCCACAGAACUUCUUCGCCAUCCACUCCAAGACAGGUCUCAUCACUACGACUUCCAGGAAGCUGGACCGGGAGCAGCAGGCCGAGCACGUUCUGGAGGUCACCGUGACAGACGGGGGUCCGGCCCCCAGGCACUCGACCGUGUGGGUCGUCGUGCACGUGCUGGACGAGAACGACAACAAGCCACAGUUCCCCGAGAAGGUGUACCAGAUCAAGCUGCCGGAGCGCGACCGCAGGCGGAAGGGCGAGCCCAUCUACCGGGUGUUCGCGUUCGACCGCGACCAGGGCUCCAACGCCGAGCUCUCCUACAGCAUCGUGGACGGGAACGAGGACGCCAAGUUCUUCAUCGACCCCAAGACCGCUGUGGUGUCCUCCAGGAAGCAGUUCACCGCGGGGAGCUACGACAUCCUCACCAUUAAAGGCACGGACAACGGACGCCCCCAGAAGUCCUCCACAGCCCGGCUGCACAUCGAGUGGGUGCGCAAGCCGACGCCCUCGACGGCGCCCCUGCUGUUCGACGAGCCGUAUUACAACUUCACCGUCAUGGAGCACGACAAGGUGUCCGAGAUUGUGGGCGUGGUCUCCAUGCAGCAGAGCACCACGCCCCUUUGGUUUGACAUCGUCGGUGGGAACUACGAGAGCGCCUUCGACAUCAAGAAGGGCGUGGGAACCAUCGUGAUCGCCAAGCCGCUGGACGCCGAGCAGAGGUCCUUCUACAACAUGACCGUGGAAGUGACCGACGGCACCAACACGGCUUCCACUCAGGUGUACAUCACGGUGCUGGACAACAACGACAACGGGCCCGUCUUCUCGCAGUCCACGUAUGACGUCACCAUCUCAGAGGACACUCCGCCCGAUACCGAGGUGGUCCAGGUGGUGGCCACGGACCGGGACGAGAAGCACCGCCUCAGCUACUCGAUCCACAGCACGAUCGACCCGGCCAGCAUGCGCAAGUUCCGCAUGGACCCGGCCACCGGAACCAUCUUCACCACCGAGAGGCUGGACCACGAGGCACGGACGCAGCACAUCAUCACGGUCAUGGUGAAGGACCAGGAGUUCCCCUACCGCAGGAACCUGGCACGCGUUCUGCUCGAUGUGGAGGAUUCCAACGACCACGCUCCUUACUUCACCAGCACACUGUACGAGGGCUCCGUGUUCGAGUCCGCAGCGGUGGGCUCCGCUGUGCUCCAGGUCACGGCUCUGGACAAGGACAAGGGCGAGAACGCAGAGCUCCUUUACUCCAUCGAGGCAGGAAACACUGGGAACACUUUCAGAAUAGAACCAGUUUUGGGCAUCAUCUCCGUCGCACGAGAACUGGACAUCACAACCAUCGGUCACUACGUCAUCACAGUGAGAGUAAUGGACAACGGCUCCCCUCCCUUGGCUGCGACCACCAUGGUGCGCAUCACCGUCACCCUGUCCGACAACUCGAGCCCCAAGUUCCUGCAGAAGGAGUACCAGGCGGAGGUCAACGAGAACGUGGCGGUGGGCACCUCCAUCACCACAGUGAGUGCUGUCAGCCAGUCCACCUUGAUUUAUGACAUAAAGCAGGGCAAUGCUGAGAGGAGGUUCCGAAUCAACCAGUACACAGGGGUUAUAACAACUCAGAAAACCCUGGACUACGAAAGCACGCCCUCAUACAUCUUGAUCGUCCAGGCGUCUAACAUGGCGGGAAUGGCCUCCAACGUCACCAUCAACGUCCAGGUGGUGGACGAGAAUGACAAUCCUCCUGUUUUUCAGCAGCUUCAUUACACUGGGAGCAUCAGCGAGGCUGUACCUGUGAACAGUGUGGUUCUAAGUGCUGACAAUAGCCCCCUGGUUAUAAAAGCGACGGAUGCUGACCGGAAUCAGAAUGCCCUCUUGGUGUACCAGAUCGUGGAGGACACUGCCAAAAUGUUUUUUACCAUCGACUCCAGCACAGGGUCCAUACGGACUAUCGCCAGUCUAGACCAUGAAACUAUUGCUCAUUUUAAGUUCCACGUGCAUGUGAGAGACAGCGGAAAACCCCAGCUGACCGCUGAAAGCCCCACUGAGGUGUCCAUCCAGGUGAUUGACACCAACGACUCCCCUCCCAGGUUUUCCCAGGAUCCUUAUGAAGCCAUCCUGCUGCUCCCUACCUACGUUGGAGUCGAGGUCCUCAAAGUUACAGCCACAGAUCCUGACCUUAAUGUUCCCACGGAACUGACCUACUCACUUGUGGACGGGAACUUGGAGCACUUCACCAUAGACUCCUCCAGUGGCAUCCUGACCGUGAAGAGCAACAACUUCUCCAAAGACCGUUUCAGAUUUAACGUGAAGGUCUCUGAUGGUAAAUUUUCCAGCAUGGCACUGAUCACCGUGGUGGUCAAAGAGGCCAUGGACAGUGGCCUAUAUUUCACACACAACCUGUAUUCCACCUCCAUUGAGGAGAACAUCAAAAACAUCACCAAGGUAGCAGUAGUCAACGCUGUGGGGCACCGCCUCAAUGAGCCAUUAAAGUACAGUCUGUUGAAUGCUGGGACAAAGUUCAAAAUCAAAUCUACCUCUGGAGUUAUAGAAACCACUGGGGUCCCAUUUGACAGGGAAGAGCAGGAGUUUUAUGAGCUGGUUGUGGAAGCGAGUCGAGAGCACGACCGCUUGAGAGUGGCGAGAGUGGUCGUGAAGGUCCAGGUGGAGGACAUCAACGACAACGCCCCGGUGUUUGUCAAUCUCCCGUACUACGCUGCCGUCCAAGUAGAGGCCGAGCCUGGGUCUUCCAUUUUCCGAGUCUUAGCCGUGGAUCGAGACAAAGGCAUCAACGGGGAGGUGGCCUACUUUUUAAAAGAUGAUUACAGACAUUUUGAGAUCAACCGACUCACCGGCGAACUCCAUCUGAAAAAAGCUUUCGAGUCCGACUUAUCCAACGUAGAGUACGAGGUUGUUGUGUAUGCUACAGACGGCGGCUAUCCGCCCCUCUCGACCGCGGUUCGGUUUCCCAUCACUGUGGUGAACAAAGCUAUGCCUGUUUUUGACAAGUCCUUCUACGCAACAUCGGUCAACGAAGAUGUUGCGGUCCAUACUCCAAUUCUGGGCAUAAACGCCACCAGCCCUGAGGGACAAGCCAUUAUAUACACCAUUGUGGACGGGGAUCCGUCCUCGCAGUUUAGCAUUGGGUUCGACACAGGCAUCAUCAGCGUCAUUAACUCGUUAGACUAUGAAAUCACCUCAUCGUUUAGGCUGAUUGUGAGAGCGACGGACUACCUCACAGGAGCACGAGCAGAGGUCGACGUUGACAUAACAGUCGUGGAUGUGAACGACAACCCUCCCAUGUUCGAGAAGAUGUUCUACAAAGCCACCCUGUCGGAAACAUCCAUGAUCGGCACCCCGGCUCUGCAGGUGGUGGCAAGGGACAAGGAUUCAGAGAAAAACAACAUUGUGCGGUACCAGAUUUUCUCCAGCGUAUACAACAGCACAGAUUAUUUUCACAUAGACAGCAGCAGCGGGCUCAUUUUGACAGCUCGCCUACUCGACCAUGAACUCAUUCAGGAGUACAAUUUCAUUGUCAGGGCGACCGAUAAUGGUUUCCCCCCGUUAAGCAGUCAGGUGUCUGUUACAGUUAUUGUGAAUGACAUGAACGACAACUCCCCGGUAUUCAACCAGCUGCUCUAUGAGUCCUACGUAAGUGAACUCGCACCCAAAGGACACUUUGUGACCUGCGUCCAGGCAUCGGAUGCAGACAGUUCUGAUUUUGACAAGCUUGAAUACAGCAUACUGUCUGGAAAUGAGAAGAUGAACUUUGUCAUGGAUGGAAAAACAGGGAUCAUCACCCUUUCCAAUCACCGGAAGCACAGGAUGGAGCCUGUGUACAGCCUCAACGUGUCCGUUUCGGACGGCGUGUUCACCAGCACUGCUCAGGUUCACAUCAGAAUCCUGGGUGCUAACCUCUACAGCCCUGUCUUUAGUCAGAAUGUUUACGUCGCAGAAGUUCGGGAAAACGCUGCUGUGGGCUCCAAGGUAGUCCAGGUGAAAGCGACGGAUGUGGACUCGGGACCUUUUGGCCGCAUUGCCUACUCGUUUGUAAAUGACCUUGGAAAGGACCAGUUCAGCAUUGACAGCAAUGGUCAGAUCACGACUUUGGAGAAGCUGGACCGUGAGAAUCCGGCAAAUAAGGACAUUGUUCUGACCGUUAUGGCCCUGGAUGGUGGUGGUAGGGCUUCCUAUUGCACGGUAAGGGUGAUUCUGGUGGACGAGAAUGACAAUGCUCCUCGGUUCAGAGCAGUGGAGUACAGGGCGAGUGUUAAAUCUGAUGUUGGCAAAGGAUUUUUGGUCACCCAAAUUCAGGCCUACGACUCAGAUGAUGGGGCCAAUGCCAGGGUGACAUACUCUCUUUACAGCGAGGCCCAUGUCCCCGUGGUGGACAUCCUAGAGAUUGAUCCGGACAAUGGCUGGAUGGUCACAAAGGGGAGCUUCAACCACCUUAAGAAUACCAUCUUGUCCUUUUUUGUGAAGGCCGUCGAUGGUGGGAUUCCGAUGAAGCACUCCUUGGUGUCGGUGUACAUCCAUGUCUUGUCCCCUGAGAACCCCAUCCCCUCCUUCACCCAGCCCCAGUUCUCCUUCACCAUCCCAGAAGACACUCCCAUUGGGGCAGCGUUGGGCUCCGUCCACCUGGCAUCCGGUCACUCUGCUAUGUUCAGCAUCAUCAGUGGAGAGACAGGGGAGAACAACCAGGAUGCUGUCUUUGUGGUGGAAAAGGAGACUGGAGUAAUCAAGCUGGACAAGCCCCUGGAUCACGAAGCCAUUGACACCUACCGCUUCAAGGUGUCUGCUAUAAUGAAGCAAGCACAAAUAGACUCUGUUUCCAUUGUGGACGUUGAGGUGAAGGUCCUGGAUCUUAAUGACAACAGGCCUUCAUUUGAAACAAACUCUUACGAGGCAACUGUUAUGGAAGGGAUGCCCAUCGGCACGAGAAUUAUACAAGUGAGAGCUUCAGAUCCCGACUGGGGCGCCAACGGCCAAGUGACGUACGGCGUGGCACCCCCCCUGACCACGGAAGCUGAGCGAUCCGCAGAGACAUUCACCAUUGACAGCAACACGGGCUGGAUCUCCACCCUCAAAGAGCUCGACCAUGAAGCGCACCCAUCGUACAGCUUCGUCGUGGUGGCUUUGGACCUGGGUGAGGCGCUGUCGCUGUCCUCCACCACCACAGUGUCUGUAGUCAUCAGAGAUGUCAACGAUAACCCGCCUGCCUUCGUGGAGGACUACUACAGGGGCCAGGUGAGGGAGAGCGACCCCCCUGGAGAAGUGGUGGCAGUGCUGCACACGCGAGACGUCGACAGCUCCGAAACCAAUCGCCAAGUGAGCUACCACAUCACAGGAGGAAACCCGAAGGGAGCGUUCGCCCUCGGACUGGUGCAGGGAGAAUGGAAGAUGUACGUAAAGCGGCCUCUGGAUCGCGAGGAGCAGGACCUGUACCUCCUCAACAUCACGGCCAGCGAUGGGCUUUUUGUGACCACGGCAGUGGUUGAGGUGACCGUGACAGACACCAACGACAACAGCCCCGUGUGCGACCAGGCUCUAUACACAGCAUCAUUCCCCGAAGACAUUCCUCAGAACAAGGUUAUUCUGACAGUUGGAGCCACUGAUGUGGACAUUGGGUCCAAUGCAGAGAUUCGGUAUUCGCUGUCAGGCCCUGGAAUUGACGACUUUUAUAUGGAUGAAGACAGUGGUGAGCUCAAGACAGCCUCGCCCUUGGAUCGAGAGAAGACCCCCAGGUACAAGCUGGUUGCCCAGGCAACAGAUGGGGGUGGGCUCUUCUGCCGGAUGGAGAUCGCCCUGGAGCUCCUGGAUGUCAACGAUAACCCGCCGGCAUUCUCGACCCACCGCUACACAGCCAGCGUGUACGAGAACACGGCCACCAAGGCCCUGCUGACCCGGCUACAAGCCAUCGACCCGGACGAAGGUGUGAACCGGAAGGUUCUCUACUCCCUCGUGGACUCGGCCAACGGCUUCUUCUCCAUCGACAAGUCCUCCGGGAUCGUGGUCUUGGAGCACGUCCUGGACCGAGAGCUGCAGUCGUCCUACAACAUCACGGUGCGCGCCUCGGACCAGGGCGAGCGGGUCAAGCUGUCCUCUCUGGCGCACGUCACAAUCACGGUGCUGGACAUGAACGACAACCCGCCCGUGUUCGAGCGGCGCGACUACCUGGCCACCGUGCCGGAGGACGUGCUCCUGGGAACGGAGGUGCUGCGCGUCUACGCCGCCAGCAAGGACAUCGGCACCAACGCCGAGAUCUCGUACAGCAUCCGCUCGGGCAACGAGCACGGAAAGUUCCACAUCCACCCGCUGACAGGCGUCAUCACCGUCUCCAAGGCGCUGGACUUUGAGACGUGCAGAGACUACUUCCUGACAGUGGAGGCAAGGGACGGGGGGACUCCGCCCCUCAGUGCCGUUACCACGGUGAACAUCAACUUGACGGACGUCAACGACAACGCGCCGAUGUUCAGCCGAGACGUGUACGCUGCCAUUACCAGCGAGGACGCCACCAUCGGGGAGUCUGUCGUCCAGGUGAUGGCGGAAGACGUGGACAGCCAGGUGAACGGGCAGAUUCUGUUUUCCAUCGUGAGCGGAGAUCGCGAGAACCAGUUCUUCAUUGAUCCGAUCACGGGACUGAUGAAGGUCAAUAAGGAGCUGGACAGAGAGACGGUGUCCAGCUACUCAUUGGCCGUGAGAGCGCUGGACAGCGGGUCGCCCGCCAUGUCAUCCACGGUGAUGGUCAACAUCGACGUCUCUGACAUCAACGACAACCCGCCCACCUUCACCCCAGGGAAUUACACUGCCGUCAUCCAGGAGAACAAGCCGGUGGGAACCAGCAUCCUGCUGCUGUCCGUCACGGACAAGGACGCCUCCCACAACGGCGCCCCCUUCGAAUUCAGCAUCGUGUCGGGCAACGAGGGAAGCGAGUUUGCUCUGGACCAGACGGGCCUGCUCACCUCGAACCAGGUGUUCCGGAAGGACCUUGUCACGGAGUAUGUGGUCCAGGUGCAGGCCAAGGACUCGGGGAAGCCGCGCCUGGCGUCCACGUGCUUCGUCUUCGUCCGCGUCAUCGAGGAGAGCCUGCACAAGCCGGUGGUCUUCCCCCUGGAGGUCUACAUCGUCACCAUGGAGGACGAGUUCCCCGGCGGCGUCAUCGGCCGCAUCCACGCCACCGACCAGGACGUGUACGACGUGCUCUCUUUCAGCCACAAGUACCAGCAGAAGAGCCUCUUCAAAAUCGGCCGGCAGGACGGCAAGAUCAUCGCGCUGGGCGGUCUGGACGCUGGCACCUACCAGCUCAACGUGACGGUGAGCGACGGGCGCUUCUCGGUGCCCGUGGACGUCGUGGUGCACGUGGAGCAGGCGACGGGCGAGAUGCUGGCCAACGCCGUCACCGUGCGCUUCGAGAGCGUCGCGCCCGAGGACUUCGUGGGCCUGCACCUGCGCUCCUUCACGCGCGUGCUGCGCGCUGCGGUGGCGGCCCAGAAGCAGGACGCCCUGCGUGUGCUCAGCGUCCAGCCCGUGCCAGGAACCCCGCAGCUGGACCUGCUCUUCGCCGUGCAGGCGCCCGGCGGGGGCUUCUACAAGGCCGCCUACCUGACGCAGAAGCUGAGCGCCUCCCGCAGGCAGCUGGAGAGCGUGCUGCGCAUCUCGGCCGUGCUGGACAAGAACUGCUCGGGUCUCGAGUGCCAGGAGCAGCAGUGCGAGCAGAACAUCGUGCUGGACUCUCACACGCUCGCCACCUACAGCACGGCCAAGAUCAGCUUCGUGUCGCCGCGCUUCCACCGGAACACGCGCUGCACGUGCAACGGUGCCAGCUGCCCCUCGUCCCCGGAGCUGUGUGAGGACCAGCCCUGCCCGGGAGACAUGCAGUGUGUGGGCACGGGGGCCACCUGGGGACCCUACAUGUGCCAGUGCCCUCCGGGGAAGCUGGGGGAGUGUGCAGGUCACACCUCUCUGAGCUUCUCGGGGAACAGCUACAUAAAGUACCGCGUGUCGGACGGCAGCCGCAGCGGCGAGAUGAAGCUGGGGAUGCGCAUCAGGACGCUGCAGAGCCGAGGGAUCAUCAUGUACACGCGUGCCGAGCCGUGCACCAUCCUCAAGAUCGAGGAGGGCAAGCUGUGGUUCCAGCUGGACUGCGGCAACAGCCCGGGAAUUCUGGGGAUCUCGGGGAGGCCCAUCAACGACGGCAGCUGGCACACGGUGUCGCUGGAGCUCAACCGCAACUUCACGAGCCUCUCGCUGGACGACAGCUACGUGGAGCGCCGGCGAGCGCCCGUCCCCUUCCAGCUGCUCGGGCCCGACAGCGCCAUUUACUUCGGCGCGCAGGUGCAGCCGGCCAACGCGCGCAGCCUCACCGACAAGAAGGGCCCUCCGCGAGUGCUGGACGGCUUCCAGGGCUGCCUGGACUCGGUGACGCUCAACAGCAACGAGCUGCCGCUGCAGAACAAGCGCAGCCGCUACGCCGAGGUGGUCGGCCUCACCGAGCUCAAGCUGGGCUGCGUGCUCUACCCCGACGCCUGCGAGAGGGCGCCCUGCCUGAACGGCGGCAGCUGCGCCAGCCUGCCAUCCGGUGGGUUCGAGUGCAGCUGCAUGCCGCAGUUCACCGGGGGGCGCUGUGAGACCGAGAUCACAGCCUGCGUCCCAAACCCGUGUCAGAACGGCGGCGUCUGCAAGGCCAUCGGCAACGCGUUCCUCUGCAGCUGCAGGAGGGGCUUCUCCGGCCUCACGUGCGGCGAGGACGUGAACGAGUGCGAGCGGGAGGAGUGCGAGAACGGCGGCGUGUGCGUCAACACGUUCGGUUCCUUCUACUGCAACUGCACGGCGGGCUUCGUGGGGCAGUCGUGCGGCCUGCGGCCCGUGGUCGUGCCCAACAUGCAGGCGGGCCACUCGUACGUGGGCAAGGAGGAGCUGAUCGGCAUCGCCGUGGUGCUCUUCGUCAUCUUCGUCCUCGUCGUCCUCUUCGUCGCCUUCCGCAAGAAGGUCUUCCACAAGAGCUACUCGCGCAACAACAUGGCGCUGGUGCAGGACCCGGCCACGGCGGCGCUGCUGCACAAGGCCAACGGCGUCCAGUUCAAGGCGCUGCGGGGCGGCGAACCCUGCGCCCUCUACGCCGACGUGGGCGGCCCCCCCCAGGUGCCCGUGCGCCCCAUGGCGUACACGCCCUGUUUCCAGGGCGACCAGCGCGGCACGCUGGACAAGAUGGCCGACGGCCUGGGGGGCGCCGAGCACACGGAGAUGAGCACCUUCCACCCGGAGUCGCCGCGCAUCCUGACGGCCCGGCGCGGCGUCGUCGUGUGCAGCGUGGCGCCCAACCUGCCCCCCGUGUCGCCCUGCCGCUCCGACUGCGACUCCCUGCGCAAGAGCCCGUGGGACAGCGACGAGGGUAAAGUGGUCGACAUGGUGGAGGAAGUUACCUGUUUCUCGGGCAGCAACAAGGGCAGCAACUCAGAGGUCCAGUCCCUGAGCUCCUUCCAGUCGGACUCGUGCGAUGACAACGCUUCCAUAGUGACCGUCAUUCGACUGGUCAAUGAUGCGGUCGACACAAUCGAAAACGAAGUGUCGGUCCUGGACCAGGGACAGAGCUACAACAGAGCCUAUCACUGGGACACGUCCGACUGGAUGCCCAGCUCGCGGUUGCCGGACAUCGAGGAGGUGCCCGGGUACGAGGCGGGCGACGGCUCCUCGGCGCGUCUGGCGGGCAGCAGCCGAGAGCUGGAGACGGACUACUACCUGGGCGGCUACGACAUCGACAGCGACUUCCCGCCGCCGCACGACGACGAGUUCCUGAGCCAAGACCAGCUGCCGCUGCCCCUCCCGGAAGAGUUCCCGGAGCACUACGGCACUCUGCCCGCCCCCCAGCCCGUCUCCGUGGAGAGCACCCUGAGCAGCGGUGGCGGCGGCAGUCGGCCCCGCCCACACUUUCACCCCAGCCAGUACCUGCCCCCGCACCCGUUUCCGGGGGAGGGGCAGGGCGGACAGGGCGGGGAGCUGAGCACUUUUAGGGCGGGCCACGAGGCGGAGCCGGAAGGGCUGGACGGCGUGUCGCUGAGCACGCGCCUCUCGGCCAACGCCUCCUCCUCGGACGUGUCCGCCGUGUGCGGCUUCGACGACUCGGAGGGGGGCGCCAGCGACUUCGAGAGCGUCGACGGGCUGCGGUUUGAGGGGCCGCGCACCCACUUCACCGAGACCCAGCAGCAGACUGAGGUGUGAAUGUGGCGCCCGGUGGGGGUGGGGAAAGUUCUUGGGACGCCCCGGCGAAUCGCUGCGCGGGAAGAAGCACCCGGCGACCAGAGAGCACACGGCCACGCCCCUUUUCUACAUCACACCACGAACCGCCACAACCCAUUUUUCCAGCGUCUGUGCCUGCAAUCCGGUGCGCGCACGUGUUCGAGACCCGCUGACACCUCGACAUCCCUUCACAGCCGGAAUCACCCAUUUGUUUUCCAGUGUUUCCUUAUUUUAUACGCACACAUUAAUCAUAUCAGAUGCUGACUGA